GGGCAGAAGCAGGGACAAAGAUAUAGAGGGGCUGAGAUAGGGGAAGAGAGGAGAUAUAGGGAGAAAGAAAUAUAGAUGGGCAGGGAGUGCAGAGACGAUAAGAAGAUCAGAUUUCUUUAUUAGUCAUAUAUACAUCGAAACACACAGUGAAAUGCAUCUUUUGCGUAGAGUGUUCUGGGGGCAGCCCGCAAGUGUCGCCACGCUUCCGGCGCCAACGUAGCACGCCCACAACUUCCUAACCCGUACGUCUUUGGAAUGUGGGAGGAAAACAGAGCACCCGGAAAAGGGUGUCCUUUCUGAGUUAGGUAGUCACAGUUAGAGAGGAACAGAGGGGGAAAAAGAGAGAAGCAAACAAGAGGGGGCAGAGAGAGAGAGCUAAAGAGACCCAGACCGUGGCAGGAAGAUUGGUGUUGGUAUAUUACACAGUGCAGUUACAUUGAGCUAGUACAGGUAAAAACAAUAACAGUACAGAUGAGAGCAAGGUAGAGAUGAAGAAGUUGGAAUGGGGAAGUGCGAUGGAUAACAGCAGAGAGAGAGAUACUGAGCGAGGUGCAGUGGCAAGAUAGAGACAGACAGACCUAGCUGGGAGGGAGGGAGACCAGCUGGACAGAGAGGAGGUGGUAAUGGAGUGGAGAGAGCAGUUGAGGACAACUAUAUUUCUCUGGGGGUGAAAUGCAUUGAGGAGCAGGAGGAUGAGGAGGUCCCCCCACCCGGGUAGGGGAGGUUGGCGGGAGGCGUCGCGGAGAGGGAGGCUGAGGGGACGCGUCACUGGAGGGGGAGGAUGAGGAGGUCCCUCCCCGGGAAGGGGAGGUGUCGCUGAGAGGGAGGAGCAGGAUGAGGAGGUCCUUCCCCUGAAGGGGGAAGGGGAGGGACUGAGCUGCACACGAGGCCGGGCGUGGGGACGGGACGGGACACCCAUCCAUGCCCGGGACCGGGGCCGCGGGGACGGGACACCCAGCCAUGCCCGGGACCGUGGGAACGGACGGGACGGGACACCCAUCCAUGCCCGGGGCCGGGGCCGCGGGGACGGGACACCCAGCCAUGCCCGGGACCGUGGGAACGGACGGGACGGGACACCCAGCCAUGCCCGGGACCGUGGGAACGGACGGGACGGGACACCCAGCCAUGCCCGGGACCGGGGCCGCGGGGACGGGACACCCAGCCAUGCCCGGGACCGGGGCCGCGGGGACGGGACACCCAGCCAUGCCCGGGACCGGGGCCGCGGGGACGGGACACCCAGCCAUGCCCGGGACCGGGGCCGCGGGGACGGGACACCCAGCCAUGCCCGGGGCCGGGGCCGCGGGGACGGGACACCCAGCCAUGCCCGGGACCGGGGCCGGAGCGGCGGGCAGCGCCGAGCGGGAGGCCGGGGAGCCGCGGGGAGCAGCGAUGUCGGGCCGGCUGCUCACCCCGUCGCCCAACUGGUACUGCAGCCGCUGCAGCGACGGCGGCCCCGGUCCCGGCCGCCGCCUGGGCUUCGGAGCCAAGAACAGUAUCUUCCUGCUGGAGGUGACCCGCAGCCGGCCGCUCAUCCUCGGAGAGCUGACAGGCCACACAGAGAGGGUGACGGGGUUUUCGUUUUGUCCGCACGCUAGUCUGGCCAAUACCUGCGCCAGCACAUCCGACGAUGGCACCGUCAAGAUCUGGGACACGGAGACGAAAGCUGUGUUGAAGGAACAUGCUGCUCACCAGACCACCAUCACGGCGCUGCACUGGUCCCCACUGAGGAAGGAUUUGGUGGUGUCGGGGGACGAGAAAGGGCUGGUGAUCUGCUGGUGGCAUUUCAAGGACGACACCCAGAGCUUCUUCCCGGAGCCCAGGCACAUCUUCUGCCUGUCCUGUUCACCACACCAUGAAGAGCACGUGGCAGUGGGGUACAAAGAUGGGAUGAUUGUUAUCAUCGACAUACACAGGAAGGGUGCUGUGGUUCACAGACUGCGGGGCCACGAUGGGGAGAUCCAGUCCCUGGCCUGGUGUCCACAGCUCUGUGAGGAGGGACUCCUGAGCCGUGCAGAAAGUGAGGCAGAGACAGAUUGGCCAAAUGGGGAUCCUGUGAAAGAGGAGACGGAGCGAUUCUGUGCCCUGGCGUCUGGGAGCAGGGACCAGACUAUUCGCAUUUGGAACUCCUCGACAGGCAAAGGUUUGUUGACCCUCAAGCUACCUCAGCUGAAGAGGAGGGGCGUGGCUGAUCUGGGAACCAAGGAACGAAUCUGGCUCACCGUACACUGGCCCCAGAAUCAUCCCACCCAGCUGGUGUCCAGCAGCUUCGGGGGAGAGCUGCUGCUCUGGGACCUGGCGAAGGCAGGGAAGCAGAAGUGGACCCUCCUGGGCCAGUCAGAAGGACAGAACCACAGCAGGAUUGUCUUCAACCUGAGCUCCGUCUGCGGAGAGGACGCCCGCGAGCUGCUGCUCUCCACCUCCAUGGACCGAGAUGUGAAGUGCUGGGAUCUGACCACGCUGGACUGCUGCUGGACCCAGCCAACCCUUGGUGGCUUCGUCUACAGCCUGGCCUUCUCGCCGGUGAACAUCGGCUCCCUCGCCGUGGGAGUGGGGGACGGGAUGAUCAGGGUGUGGGACACCAUCUCCCUCCAGGGCCCCUACCACAUCAAGACCCUCUGGCAAGGCAUCAAGUCCAAGGUCACGUCGUUGUGUUGGCAUCCGACCAAGGAGAGCUUGCUGGCGUUCGGAACAGAAGAUGGCAAAGUCGGCAUUUAUGAAAUCUACUCGAACAAACCUCCUCAGAUUUCCAGCUCCUAUCACAGGAAGACUGUGUACGCUGUGGCCUGGGGACCCCCUGUGCCUCCCGUGACUACAGCUGGGACAGGAGAUGGUCCGGCUCUGACCCUGUACAGCUGUGCGGGUGAGGGGAUCAUCCUCCAGCACAACCCUUGGAGACUGACGGCAGACGCUCAGGACAUCAACCGGGUGAUCCGGGAAACGAAUGGGAUCAAGCAUAAACUUCCAGGCCGCAGUGAGCUGAGUUGGAAACCUGAUGGGACGGUCCUGGCGAUCGGCAAUGAUGACGGGUCCAUUGAAAUCUUCCAGCCUCCGCUCCUGAAGCUGCUCUGCACCAUCCAGACCCACCACAAGCUCAUCAACGCUAUCCGCUGGCAUCACCCCCACAGCUCGGACCCCAACCUGGGCUUCCUGAUCGCCUCCGGCUCCAACAACGCCGUGGUCUACGUCCACAACCUCAAGCCCGUGCUGGAGCAUCCCUCGGAAACACUGACCACGAUGAUCGAGCCGUUCCGGACGCUCACUGGACACACAGCAAAGAUCACCAGCCUGGCUUGGAGCCCCCACCAUGAUGCUGUGCUGGUCUCUGCCUGCUAUGAUGGCACUGCCCAGGUGUGGGAUGUUCUGAAGGAUGAACCCAUGUGUAACUAUCGGGGACACACCGGGAGACUGCUGGCGGUCCAGUGGUCACCAGUGGACGCAGACAUCGUCUGGACAGGAGGAGAUGAUUUCACAGUGCGGCAGUGGGAGGUUUCGAAGCAGGAACACACCAGACCACCACAAGGGAAGAAGGUCUCUGAACUGGAGAGGAAGAAGGUGAACGGCUUGAAACCCAAAUCUAAGAAAAGCAGGAAAAAGGCGGAGAAGUGUGUUGUGGGUCAGGAAGGGGCAGGUCUUUUGGACACUUCACCUCAGACCCUUCUGGCCCCCAGUGUCCGCGAGGAGAAGCAGGAAUUUCAAGGGGAAGUUGAAUCAGCAUCCGAUGAGACCUCUCGAGCUCCAGCACCGCUGGAAGAGCUCGGAGUUCGGGGAAACACGGAAUCCUUGCCUCCCACUGCUGCACAGGUCCCAACAAAUCAGAGAAGGAGGGAACAGACAAGAGAUGAGAGGAAGAGAGAGAAGCCAGAGGCUGUGGUGAAGAAGAAGGGCAGGUCGAUGCUUCCGCUGAGUACGUCCAACGAUCACCGGUCAAAGGAGGAGCUCCACUCGGACUGUGUGAACCUCGCCAGCAUCCUCUACGCAAAGGGGUCCGACGGACGAGGGCAGGCGGGGGCAGGUGACCAGGUUCAGCUCGGCCUCUUCGUGGACAGACCCGCGCUGUACAGGAUGUUUCAGGAGGAAGAGAAGAACCACGUUGAGGCUGGUCACCCCGAGAUGAGAUAUCAGCUGCUGCUCUGGAAAGGCGACGUGAAGGGAGCCUUGGACAUGGCCAUCGAGAGGGGCGAGCUGAACGACACCUUGGUUGCCAUGGCACCCAUGGCUGGAUACGCGGUUUGGGUGCGGACGAUCGAGGCGUUUGUCAAGCAGCUGUGUUUCCAGGAGCAGUACACCAGGGCUGCCACCCUCCUGCUCUCCAUUCACCGGGUGGACCAGGCGAUCCAGCUCUUGCAGACCCACCAGCUGUUCCGAGAAGCCAUCGCCCUCGCUAAGGCCUUUCUCCAGCCGGAUGACCCCGUGCUGAAAGAGCUCUUCACCAGCUGGGCCAGCCUCUUGGAGAAAGAUGGGCACUACUCCAUCGCAGCUAAAUGCUACCUGGCAGCCGAAUCGCCAUAUGAUGCAGCCAAGAUCUUGGCGAAGAAGGGUGACGUAGCCUCACUGCGAACAGCGGCCAAGGUGGCCUCUAUCACCGGGGAGAGGGAGCUAUCUGCCCAGCUCUCCUCGAGGUGUGCCCUGGACCUGUUGUCACAGCGAGACUGGCUGGGAGCUCAGGAUGUCCUGCGCGGGAACGAGAGCUUGUUGGGUCAGAGGCUGGUCCUGUGUACGUAUGAGCAGCUGUACCGCAGACUGGCCGAGAGGGAGCUGGUUCUCUGGAGGAGCAUCAACCCUCCGCGUUACCAUGGCUGGAGCCUCUGCCCAGAGGGCUCCCUCAUCGACUCCAUGCUCACUGUCUGGAGGAGCGAGUUUGGAGUCACCGUCGCGGACGAGGGGCGGCUGGAGGCCGCUCACUGCCAACUCAGGACCACCGAGUACCCGGAGGCAUCGGCCAAUACCCCGGCCAGACUGUUACAGCUGCAGCUGUCACAUGAGCUGAGCCUGGCACUGUCCUGUGUCCUGCUCUCAGACUAUGCGGAGUCGGUCACCGUCCUGCUCAAAGUUGUCGUCCGAUGUCUCAGUGCUGGGAACUUCGCCUUGAUGCAGGAAAUCGGCAACGUGCUUUUCCCGGAUGGGGCAGAGUUCAUCCCCGACCUGGAGGCCAAGCUGACCCCUGACCCCUUCGGCUUAGCUGCCCUCCAGAGCCUGCGCGCCUUCCUGUGCUACGGGCAGCUGUACGAGCUGUGGUGGGAGCUGGGCACCAAACGGUCCAGAACACUGCGGGCCAGCGCAGAGGGGAGGCCGGACGUGGGCCAGGAGAGCGAGGAGGGAUCCAAGGAGGCUGGAGACGGGCCAAGACCCGGCCUCUUGGCCAACGUUUCCGGCCGCUACGUUGACGGUGCCACGUCGGAGCCUCGGACUGCGGCUCGAGCACUCCUGGCGGGGUGUGGCUGCCUGCUCUCGGCGGACCAUGCCAGGCGUCAGGCCCUGGAGAGGCGGGUGGCUGAGAUCCAGCGGGCAGUGGCCGCGCUGGUCAGCGUUCAUCGGAGCCGGCGGUCCAGCACCGAGGCACAGAGAAGUGGGCCCGAGCUGAGGGUUGGGUCUGGACCUGAGGUGCAGCCUGAGAUGGGGCCUGGGGUUAGGCCCGAACCCAAGAGUGAUCCAACGUUUGGGCCCAAUCCUGAUUCUGGGGCCAGGCCCAAACUGGAAACGGAGCCUGACGUUGGGCCUGAACCUGAGGCCACAACCAGGCCUGAACUGGAGGUUGGGACUGAGCCAGAAUCAGCACCUGAGGACGGAUCAAAGGCGAUGUCUUCAGAAGGCCCCUCCUCGAGCCACUGCAAACAGGAGCUUCCGUUAAGGGAGGAAGGGGCUGUCUCCAUGGUGAGUCUGAUGCAGGAGCUACGAGACAUCAACCAAGAGCAGUCGGACAUCGCUGAGACUGUGAAGCGUCACCCCUUCCCGGACGUCACCGAGAGCUGCCUCGUCCUCCUCGCCGUCGGCUCCCUCGCUCCCUCCCUCCUACCCCCUGCACUCCGGGACUCUGCCCUGUCUCUGGCUCAGGCCUAUGGGACGGCCAAGGUGCAGCAGAUUGUCCAAAAAUUCGGCCGGGAUACAGCAUAAAGAUCCGGUGUGUUGGGGCUGGAGUACCUGAGGGCUCACGGUUCUGGAGCACCGAUUAUUAAGAGCAUCCAGUCUCCCGGCUUCCAGUCUCCCAUCAGAUCGAGCGAUUGUGUUUGGGGCUGUAGAGGCAGCACUUGGUUAUACUGUCAGCUGCGCGCAAUCUGAGGAGAGGGGAGAGGGAGAGAACCGCAUGGACUUUGAGAACGGGCCCUGAGUUUUAUUAGUCUCUCCCUCUCGUGGGUUUCUGGAUUUGGGGAUUCUGCGGUGGGAUUUGUGGGCUAACAAUGCUCCUCUGUAGUUUGAAGUGGAAGAGACUCUCCCUGGACAAGCAGAUGCGCCAGUGGACGCUAGGUACAGAUGUGCUGAGUGGACGUUUGGACCUGUACGUCCCUCGCCUGGUUACCAAACUCAGCCAAGUCUUCAGCUGCCCCUUUCCUUCUGGCUGGCUGCCCUCAGCAGGAUUCCUCCACACUCCCAACCCUGACCUUCUCAACUGGGGUGUAGAAUUGUAGAGGAAACGCACUCACAACCAAUCCCUCGUACAGAGCACAAAAUCUUUUGUCGAAGGGCCUCGAGUUCCCUCCUAGAUCCAGAGGGGUCAAUCCCAGAGACAUUCCUCUUGUAUGUCUUCCCCCCCUCCCACCCCACUUGUGCACAGGAUCCAGUGCACAUUGCCCCAGUAGCUCUUUGGAACCUUCUCCUUGAUGUCCAACCAACCCUGCAGAGCAGUGGUAACAAGCUGCAAUCAGCCAGCCAGACCACUUUCCUUAUUAUCCACCCCUGGGACAUGGUUGUCCACUGGCCCUUCAGACAGAUGACGGAGAGCCGCGUUCUCUCGAACCGCAGCGAUCUGUGCGAGCAGGGAGCUCCCUGGAUUCCAACCGCCGGGCAUGUCAUCUUGGACCCCCUCCAGCGUGGACCAAUCAGGAGCGAGAGAUUGAUGGAAGAUGGCAGCGGAUUUGAGGCCCAGUGUUCCCGUUGAUACGGGAAUGGGAAGUUUCCUAACUGUUCCCAAGUUGAAGAUUCUUUGUGCAUGGGCUGCUAGGUUUGUGUUUUCUAAGCUGUAACUACAUCCUGUUUUUAUACUAACAAAAGAAAUCAUUAAAAGUUCCUGCUCCGUCA